AUGGAAUCCUUAAAUGCUCUGCAGACCUCCCAGUGUUUCUACAGAAUUGUGCAAUCAAACUACAGUCCACUCCUACCUACCUAUAAGGACCAAAUCAGCAUGCACGAACUGGCCUCCGAACCGCAAAGCACGAAGUUCAGUUGGCCUUGGAUUAGUGCAGUGAUUGGAUCUAUCCUGUUCCUCAUAUGUCUCACCGGGCUGGCUGUCCUGUUAACCGGGAAUCGGCUGCUUGCGAAAAACAAUUCGCGAAUCGCUCCGGACACCUCGAACCCAAUGCCGGCACACUGGGGAUCCUAUCUAGCGCAGCACGGGGCUCAAUCAGACCUACAACUUAAUCAGCAGCAGCUCCAACAAAACAAGGACACAAUGGAACAUUCCGGUCUCACAAUAUCGGGCCAUGAAAAAAGUAGAGCUGGUCGAACCAUCCUGAUGUUGGAAAGGCAAAAUCCGGAUAAAAUACUAGUCCCGAACGAACCGACACUCGGAAACUACGCGGAUAAAGAUUCUCGCGAUAGCGACUUAGAGUCCGAAGACACCACAUCGUAUAUGGCACAACCACUGAUCGAACCCCUAUCCGAUCAUGGCUCAAUGGCAGAUGCUAUAACUGUUCCACCUGGGGACCUGGACCCGUAUUAUAGAGACCUCAAUCAUGCAAUUCUCAGGUACUUCAAAUCUGUUCUACAACGCAUGACCGAUCACAGUGAACGAACACGUCGAGCGAAAGCUCUGGAGUUUUUGGUCCAGUACAGCGGACACAUGACGAAUGAGCCAAAAUAUCGAUUUCCUCGGGCAGAUAAUCAGGUAUCUCUGGCAUCCAUUCUUCGAAGGUCUGUACUCAUUGAUAUUUUCAAUGAGCUGGAUUAUAAUGGUAAGUUGCACGGCUUGAUACCUGAAAUUAUGAUUGGUUGA